CCGCAGAGGCGCCGUGGAGCUGAAACCUAUCUGAGAAAAGCCCUCCCUCUCUUUCCGAUAUAGCCCUCUGCAGAGCAGACUCGGCGAGCGAUAGCUUGACUUGAAUCCAGACCAAUUCAAGCCACUACUAGGCUAUACAACAGCGCAGGAGAAGGUAGGAGGCAGGAGAAGGUAGGAGGCAGUCUGUCGAGAUAUCACUUGAAUUAAGUGCGCUAAUUGAUCUGUUCCACACGCACAGGCGGAGUACCCUCCACGUUACCGUUUGCGUGGUUAUAAAAGCGUAAUUUAUUUUAUAGGCUACUCUUUUUUUCUAAGUUUGCAUUCAAGUUUUUUUUUUGCCGAUUUGGAUAACUGAUCAGAAACACCUAAUCAAACAUGGCGCCUCGGUUUUUCGCCAUUGACUUCAUGCUUUUGUGCAUAUCCUGCGGAACAAGUGCAUUAUUGGCCCCAGGCGCCAACUCGUUGCCGUCUGCCAAUUCCACUGCUCCUGACGCAGCGGCGCACAGUUAUGGGACAGAUACCACGUCUAUUUCUAAAUCCAGGAAGAGGCGCUAUAUUUCACAAAACGACAUGCUCGCCAUUCUUGAUUAUCACAACAAAGUCAGAGGAAAAGUCUUCCCUCCGGCGUCCAAUAUGGAAUACAUGGUGUGGGAUGAGUCUCUGGCUAAGUCGGCGGAGGCCUGGGCCCAGGCCUGCCUGUGGGAGCACGGACCCCCGAACCUCCUCAGGUUCCUGGGUCAGAACCUCUCCGUCAGGACCGGACGUUACCGAUCGAUCCUUCAGCUGGUGAGGCCGUGGUACGACGAGGUGAAAGACUACUCCUUCCCGUACCCCCGGGACUGCAAGCCCAGGUGCCCCAUGCGGUACUGCCUCCGUUUCCAUGACUACGCAGAGACGGGCGUCUCACUGUGUCUCCGGGUCAGGACUCCCAAGGGCAACUGCAGCGGACGGCUGAGGGGGGACCAGGCAGGAAGUGGAAGGAGCCGGUCAGAGAGGGGCUUCGAGGAGACAUCUCACACCUUGUGGAAGUUCUGGUUCCCAUCUGAGAGUUUCCUGCGUCUGAAACGUCCGUCCAACGUCAGCUCGCCCUGUCCCGUCUCUGUGGGGCAGACGGCCACCAACGACUGUUGGUGCUGA